AUGCCUAGGGAAAUCCUGACAGGCAGACACCCAUACCACGAAUUCGAAGCAUCCGCUAAUCGGUCACACCUGGUCGAGCAACUGUAUCAAGACAACGAAUUUCCUGAUAUCAUAAAUCUACCAUUGGGCCAACUGAUGCAAGGCUGCUGGCAUGGCACUUUCAAUUCUAUGAGCGAGGUCCUCCAGGCGCUAGAAGCGGCCAAGUCCAUGGCCAUCAAAGCGAAAGAUGGAGCCACGGUUACUCAGGUUCUCAGAAGCUACCGCCUUUUGGCUCGAAGUGUCUGCUCGAAAAAAUGA